AUGCUUCAGUACGCACUUGUACAUGAUCUCAUCAAAAUCAAUAACCCUAACUUCACCAUUCAAACAACUUCCCAAGGCAAACCGUUCUUGGAUUUACUGGAUUAUGAUAAAUUGGCUAUUCCAUUCCCAAAUUUUAAUUUCAAUGUUUCUCAUCAUGGAGACUAUGUCGCCAUAGCAUCUGAGCCUUUGUGUCUUGUGGGGAUUGAUAUUGUCUCCUUUGAUCUACCUCUUGGAGAAACAGUUCCAGACUUCAUUCACUCUUUUUCAUCAUAUUUUUCAACUCUGGAAUGGGAUAAUAUACUCAAUGCUGCCACUUCCAAUGAUAUAUUAAUUCAAUUUUACAGGUAUUGGAGCCUGAAGGAAGCAUAUGUUAAAGCUAUGGGGACUACAAUGGAUGGCAAGUUAAUGCCUUUGUGGAGAUUUUGGUUGAUUCAACUCGGAGAAAGACACUGCGUUGCGAUUGCAAGAGGUCCUCCAAAAUCAGCUGAUAUUAGUUACAUAUCAACAUUGAAGAAAGUAGACUUUAGUGAAGACGAAUAUGAUAUAGCAUUUGAUGGUGAAAAUAGAGGUUAG